UUGGCCGGUUCGAACACCGCUGGCCGCAAACACAGAGCAGCGGAGAACAUGAGUAACUCCCGAGAAGUGGAGUACCAACCUCAAGACUUCCACAGGGCAGAAAACGCCUCAAAUCAGCGCAAAGUGGCCGGACUUUCUGCUCGAAGACCCUUCAGUGGUGCUGAAUGAAGAAGUGAGUCCUCUUUGAUCGCAGUCAUGGCUGUCCAGACUGGCAUCCAGGUAUGGUUCGGGGAGAAAUUCGAUGCCCCGUUGCUGAGCCCCAGGAGCCCUCGCAGCCCGUUAGCGCAGCGGCACGGCCCCGGCCUGGCAGACGUCUUCCAGUACGACCAGUGGCUGGCGGUGCGACACGAGGCCACCCUGGUGCCCAUGCAGGAGGAUCUGGCCAUCUGGCUCACAGGCAUGCUGGGAGAGGAGGUGAGAGCGGAGUUUUUCAUGGAGGAGCUGAAUAACGGCGUGAAGCUCUGCCAACUUAUCGGUGUGCUGCAGACCAAGAUCGCCCAGAGCUGCCCCUCCGCACUCUGCAAGUUGUUCCCCACGAGGAAGGUUGCAUGUAAGAGGGACGCCUCCCCGGGUUCUUUCUUCGCUCGCGACAACACCGCCAACUUCCUGGCGUGGUGUCGCCACAUCGGUGUGGAGGAGACCUACCUGUUUGAGUCGGAGGGCCUCGUGCUGCACAAGGAGCCUCGGCAAGUUUGUCUCUGUCUGCUGGAGAUCGGCCGCAUCGUCUCCAAGUACGGCGUGGAGCCUCCCGUGUUGGUGAAGCUGGAGAAGGAGAUCGAGCUGGAGGAGACUCUGCUGAUGACGGAGGAGCCGCCUCCAGCCGUCAAGACCUUCAGCGUGUGCUGCCAGCACGGCGGCCUCUACCAGCCCGGGGAGCAUGGCAUGGACGACCCACCCUGCAACUGCUCCAACAGGGUGUCCAUUGAGUACCUGUCAGAGGGACGCUACAGACUGGGAGACAAGACCCUCUUUAUUCGGAUGCUUCAUGGUAAACACGUGAUGGUGCGCGUGGGUGGAGGCUGGGACACGCUGCGGGGAUUCCUGACGAAGUACGACCCUCUGAGGGUGCUGCAGUUCACCACUCUGGAGCAGAAGAUCCUGGCCUUUCAGAAAGGGCCCCCCAGCCUGGGAGGACACCACGGCAACCACGCAGCCCCACCCCCUCCGCCUGACAUGGACCCCCUCGCCGCCGUCAACAACCUCAUCUCCUCCUCGUCCUCCUCUUCCUCCUCCACCUCGUCGUCUUCAUCUUCCUCAGGCCCGGCCUGCAAGCCGGCGUCUGUGACCGCUGCGGGUCAGACGUGUCGGUCCUACACCGCCUCCCCGGCCUGCACGCCCACGCUGCCCAGAAAAUGUCCUGCCACAGCACCCAAGAAGAACCUCCAGGGGACACCGUCGACCCCCAGGAAACCCACCCAGCUGCCCCUGCCCAUCACCACCAAAGGUUCCUCCUCUCUGCCCUCCACGCCUGUGGGAAACUCCAAACAGUCUCCCAGCCCGACGAAUCACGGAGCGCAGGUCCUUCGCAGAGCUCUGACUCCGUCCUCUGCUCCAUCACCUGCCCCUGCAGAUCCAAGCACCACCUCCAAACUGAAGCUCAAACCGUCGCCCCGCGGCCCCGCCUCUCAUCCCAGGAGCCCCGUCUGCCCGGAGCCGUCUUCUAAGUGCCCCAAACCUUCCAGCCCCUGCACCUCCCCCACUGCUUCCUCUGUGCCUCGCCCCAUCGCUGCUCCAGCGAGGGCCCCCGCCGCUAAAGAAGGCCGGCCCCCAACAGGCGCCAGCCAGCGCUCUCGCCUCGCACAGCGCCGCCCAGGCUCCCCAGCCUCACGCCUCCGUCUAGAGGCAGCACGGAGGGCGCGAACGGUCUCAAAAGCAGCAGUGACGACAGCGCCAAGAGCGGCGACGGCAACGUCCCAAAGUCGGACCCCGACGCCCAGCUCUCGGACAGCCUCCCCGGUGCUGCCAAAACCCGCCUGCUCCUUGCCGAAUAGCAAAGAGGUCACAGCCAAAGCCAAGGGGGCGGCCCCACCCAAAGCGGCCGCUGCCCCCGCACGAGGUACUGCCGCUGUCCCCGGGCGGGUCCCGGGGGGCAACACGGGCCCCUCUCCCACCAGCAAAGCUAAUCAGAAAACAGCAGCCACAGCACAGAGAACAGGACGCAAGCAAGCGGCCCCCACUAAUCCCAUCAACGGGAAGUCAACUCUCAAACCUGAGGCGACUCCAGCACCAGCGCUCGCCCCGCAGAAAACCAGCCCCAACGUCAGGGCGGCGAAGACGGAGCCCAGCGUCGGCAAGAAGAUCCCACAAUACAAGGGCAAGAGCGGGGACCCUUAUUUUGAAAUGAACAGUAGGACGAGGCAGAAGACAUAAGGGGACCGCCUCCGAGGACUUGACCAGAGCCAGCAGGCCGGUCCCACCUGGCUUAUUACAAACCAGCACUUGUUGGAGCUCAGACUUUCCAAACAAACGCAUCACGUCGCUGAUCCCCAUCAGAAAGCUUUGACCUUUUCUCCUCCGUCUUCAGAUGUUUUUGUUCGUUUGUUUUUUUGUAUGUUAUUUAACAGUUUUGUUUGGUUUUUUUUAAUCCUAAAGGGUUCUAAGGUGUGAUGAUUUGUAUGUCUUGUCUCCGUGGUGAUUUAACGGUCUGUUUGAGAGGUCAGCUCCAUGUACCUGGUUAACACUAAACUUGCACAAUGUUUACAUCCUCACCUUCGUUACACUUGCGUUACAAAUGGUUUGCGUCAACUGACUUUUUAAGAACAAAGGAUAGAUUUAUAGUAGAAAACCAUGAUCAAACACUAACCUCAGUGCGUUUUUUAAUUUUUUUUUUUUUCAAUUUUAGCUCAACAACAGAUUACAUGAUUUCAUGAUUUUAGUAAAAUGCACUUCAUGGCUAAGCAGCUUCUGAGGCCUGUUUUCGCCAGCAGCUCACCAAAGUUGUGAAACGUCUCGAGUUCAGUGACACAACUGGAACACAACCGAUGGCUUCUGGUUACUUUUUUUGUUUUGUUUUCCCUCCCCAGUGGAAACAUCCUGUCCACUGGUGGAUCGUCACACGUUUUUGUAUAAAUGCUCUCUAGGUGGAAGGUUCCUGUCUGGCGCCGGACAAAGCGCCAUCAGGAACGAACCUUCCCGUCUUGUGCCUUCGUCGGAAACCCUUUCUCGUUUCUGAGCGGCAUUAGAAUGUAUUUGAUGAUCCGGGUUGGUGGUGGUGGGUGGAGGGUUCUAAUGUUUUGUUUUGUUUUGUUUUUGAUAAUGAAAAUUGCACAGUGUGUACAAGCACUCAUGACUCGGAGAGAAGCCGAGUCGCGGAUGAACUACUGAUCAAACGCCUCUUUUCUUUUGAGCAGAAAAAACCAGUCGCGGCCCUCCAGCGGCCAAAUUUAUUUUAGAGCCGAGAGAGACUUUGUUUUUAUAUGGUUUCUAAUUUUUCUGUGUAUUAAAAAUCUAGUUUUCUAUGUGGUGUUUGUGAGUGUGUGUGUAAACAGUGUAUGUGUGUGUGUGUGUGUAUAUAUAUAUAUAUUAUAUGAUCAGUGAGGCUUUUUUUCUUGUUUGGCACUUUACAGAAACCGCUGUGUUUGUCAGAAUUUUGAAUGUUGAUUACGUCGAUUGUGUCUCUUGUCCCACCUAUACAUUUUUUGUUUCUUUUCGUCUUUUCGAUCAAUAAAUGGACAAGUGUUUUAAAGCUCA